UUAUUCCUGCAUACACACACACUCACAAACACACACUUUAUUCCUGCAUUCACACACAUGUUCCUCUUCCUCAGUUAGUUUAUCUACGACAGACAGCCCUAAUCUCCUGUGGAAAGGUAAAAAGUGCUUUUCUUUAGAAGGGUAUUAGUGCUUUAACCUGUCAUUCAUUAAUAUCUGGUUGCUAGUUGUGAUUCUACUGUAAUUCUGUUGUUCAAAUCAUACAGAUCACUUUUUAAAAUGUGUGGUAACUGUAUGUGCUAAUACUAAGUUUUGAGAACAUUUUCGUGGAGACAAAUGACUUAUCGUGGCAAAACAUUUGUAUGUAUUGGAGGAAACGUUUUCUAUUUCCCUCGCACAGAGUGGCAGUAACACACACACUGUACGUAUUGGAGGAAAUAAAUGUCAGAUCAUUUUCUAUCUCUCUCGCACAGACUGGCAGUAACACACACACACACACACACACUACACACACAUAUCCUGUCUUCGCCUCAUCAUACACACGCGCAUAUAUCCUCAGCUAGUUUCUCCUCUGAACAACAGACAGCCCUGAUCUCCUGUGAAAGUUCCAAAGUCAGAAUGGGACUACUCCUCCUUGUCAUCCUCCUCUUCCUGUCACCUGCCGUGAUGGCAGAUAGUUGCCACAGCGAUCGGAACAAGGACGACCGCCCUCGUGUGAGCUGUGUGGGUAUGAGCCUCACCUCUGUUCCCACGGCAACGGACCCAAGCACAGAAGUUCUGGUUUUGUCUCAGAACCUGUUGACGUCCCUGAACUGGGGUGCCUACUCGGGCUUCCCAGGCCUGCAUGAGUUGGACCUCAGCCAGAACCGUGUUGGAACUCUAGAAGGUUCAGGCACAGUCCUGAGUAACCUCUCAGUGUUGCACCUCUCCAAUAAUCUGCUGGUGGAUGUGGGGGAGAGGUCAUUCGUGAGCGCCCCCCAGCUGCGAGAGCUGUACCUGCGGGGUAACCAUUUGCGUUCGCUUCACCCCCGGUCUUUCAGUGGCCUGCCCAUACUGGAGGUGCUGGACCUUUCCCGCAACCGGCUCACCUCUCUCCCCCCGGACCUCCUGACCCAAAUCUCAUCCACCGCUCUCAAGAUGCUGGACGUGGGGGACAACCGGAUCCUGCUGAUGCCCCAUAACUGGUUCAGCUCCAAGCCAGAGCUGCCGUACGUCUUCCUGUCCAAGAACCCCUGGCGCUGCUUUUGUGACGUGGGCUACCUGCAGGUUUACCUGGAUGACCAGGCUCACAAUGUUUACGUCCACACGAAGCCCCAGAGCGCUAAUCCCCUCCAAGACAUCGAGAACAAUCCAGAAAGCGUUGUGUGCGCCAGCCCGCCCUCGCUGGCCAACCGGCCGAUCAUUGACCUGACUGAGGAGGAGUACUGUGAUCCCUCUUUGCCCUCGGAGGCCCCUGCACCACCUCUCACGUUUGGGGAUGCGGACCGGGAAACUACCACUCCAAUGACCACAACAUUUCCUACAACCACUGCCCCAGCCACAACAUCCACUACGGUCCAAUAUGUAUUCACAACACCGUUUCCUGUCGUGGAUACGACUCUACAAGGAAGAAUCAUGGUGUGGACCUUGAGGUGGAUGGAGAGCUGGACAGUCCGACAUGCGUGGACAGAAUCUUGGACGUCCCGAAGUGAAGACUCCGUCACCUGGUCAUCCUUGACAAAUUGGAUUGGCACGUCCUUUUUUGCUAGGUCACCCACUAGCUACAGGGAAACUCCCUAUCCUGAGCUGACCACCCCACACUGGUUAAGCACCACAACUAAGCCCACAGCCCUACCUCCAGAUCCCAGUACCACAUCUGUGGUCACCACCACGACUGUCUCCACCACUCUCCCCUCCACCACCGUCACCACGACUGCCUCCACCACUCUCCCCACCAUCACCACGACUGUCCCCACCACUCUCCCCUCCACCACCGUCACCACGACUGACUCCACCACUCUCCCCACCAUCACCACGACUGCCUCCACCACUCUCCCCUCCACCACCUCCACUCCCAGUCAGCCCUCCACUCUCCCCUCAGGCAAGACCAUCUUUGCUGGGUCUCAUGCGGAGCGAGCAGGGGCCAGGAUCUGGUGCACGUGGCUACUUGCAGGGCUGCUCCUGCUUUGCCUGCUCUCCGCUCUAUUCAGCGGUCUGCUCGUCCUGGGUCUGGUGUGGGCUUACCUCACCCUCUACCAGCCGCUAGCCGGGAGGGUCGCCGGAGCUGCAGAUGCCCGCGCCCAUGUCCGCCUUCUGAAUUAUCACAACAAAGCCAAUUCUGAUGGGGAGGCUGGGUAUGGGGUGGCACUCGCACCUGUGGACAUGUCGGGUGGGGUUCAGGCAACAUUCCGCUCUGUCCUGUUCAUCGCAAAGGGGGGCGAGGGAGAAGAGGUGGAAGAAAAGAAUAAGAAAGAGGGGGAUGAGCAGGGGGGUGAUGUUGGAGAGGAGAAAGGGCACAGAGAGGGAGAGACAGACGGAGAGGCAGCGGUUAGCAGGACUGAACUAGGGCUUAAGGCAGCGGGAGCAGGGGUGGCAGCGGGAGCAGGGGUGGCAGCGGUGAAGAGAAGAAACGAGGGAGAGACAGAAGCGAGAGGGGCGGAGAGUAAGGAGGUGUUCCGGAAGACCCUGUACAGAGUGUUCAGCCGGGAGGAAGAGAUAGAGGGAUGGAAGGAGGUGGAGGAGCACUGGGAAGAGAAGCGAGGGGUGGAAGAGGGAGGGGAGAAGAACAGCAGGAAGAGGAUAAGCGUGAUAGGAGGAGCGGGUGUAGAGAGGAAGACGCGCUACAGCCUGAUCUUAAGAGAGGAGAAGGCAGAGGCUGACAGCAGGGCACAGGAGCAAGGGAUGGAGUGGCUGGUAGGGGAGUGGGAGAUGGGGGGAUUUGGGGGAGGGAUGAGUGAAGGACAAUUGGAAUCCCUUAUUAGUGGGAUGGGGGAGGAAGGACCUCCUUUUAAAGACCCCUCACCUAAAUAGCACAUUUGAUCUUUUCUGAUAGUGUGUGUGAGUAAUGUUGGAAUUCCCUCUGAUGGUUAACUAGAGUAAUGGCAACAAUGAUGUUGAUACUGUAGUGGUGUAGAAUACACAAAGACAACAGAAAGGUAGGUAAGGUAAAACCCAUAAUUAUGUAUGUUGUUUACAAAGAUUAGUUUCUUAACUUGCAUGUUUCUUAAACUAUGUAUCAAAACCAGAUUUUCAGCUUCACAGAUUUAUACAAAUUUAUAAAACGUCUUCAUCUGCAGCUGUAUUUGUAUUCUUUUUAACCUCAAAUCUGUACUUAAAAGUAUGAGACACCUUAACAAUCUAUUCUUUCAUUAAGCGCUAUAUGCUAGAUCAGCUAUAUAUAUAUACAUAUAUAUGAACACACUGUAUUCUUUUAAUGGUUUUUAAUAAUUGGAUGUUGCUUAGGUCAGAUUUUUGCUCCGACAUAAUCUUUCAGGACACUUCAAACAUUUAACACUAUGCCUCUUUUUACUCAACACUGUGCAUGAAUAAGAGUUUUUGCUUAAAUAAAUUAUACUGUUGCAUCCAUAA